AACGUAGGGCAGCGACCGUCAGUCGGCCUCGAUGACGGAAUGUGUGAAAAUUUUUAAGAUGGUGAUCAACUGUAUUUUUCAUAUUUCACCUUUAAAAAUCAAUUUUGGUGCUUUGUUUCUAUAUUAAUACUUAGAAAAUGUGUUUAGGACAACUUUAAAGCUUUAGAAAUUAGUUAAGAACAAACGUUACGGACUCGGAAGUGCUUUACGUGUUAGGUGCGCUAGCUGACAUUGUUUCGUUAAAAAUUGUUGAGUCCAUCGCGAUUGUUAUGUUUAUGCUGGUUCUGUGUGCUUUUAUAACGCCUUGUAAAUGGUUUAGGAGAUUCUGAUGUUUCCGAAGUUAUGGAGAAGCAGGAUAGAUCAAAUGCCAACAUGGAGGCGACUGAUUAUGUGGACACCAAACAGUCAAAGCAGCGGGCGUCGAUUAAAUGGCUGUUGUCGAAGGCGUUCAACAACAGGGUCCCGGAGAAUCUUCAGGAGCCAUUCUACCGGGAUCAUGAGGAUCAGGAGCAUUUGAAGCCGCCGAUAUGCGGCGGUCUCGCGAACGCGGAGUUGUACUGCCUGGCUCUCGCCAACAUGUACUCCGACCCGAACUACCACAGCCUGAACCACUGGAACAUCCUGCAGACGUUCGCCAGGAAGGGCGUGCAUGUACCGGACCCGCCGGACUGCGCGCUCACCGAGACUGUGCUCAUACAGACCAAUCCUCUCAAAAUGGGCGCGCACAUGGCCGUCAUAGAGGCGCUGAUGGUGCUGUACGCGCGUGAGGUAGUGACGCCUGACCGCGUGUCUGCGGCUGCGCAGCGCUUCGGCAUCGGGCAGCCGCCGCUCGCGGGCUCUGCCACCGGGGUCGCGCACGAGGACGGCAUCCUGCACUGGAUCAACGCGGCCUGCGCGGCGCUUAAUAAGGCUGAGGAGUCGUCCUCCCCGCCCGUGCCGAUGGUGUCGAGCCUGCCGGACGUGUGCGACGGCACGGCGCUGGCGGCGCUGGUGUCGUUCUACUGCCCGGAGGCGCUGCCGCGGUCGGCGGUGCGCGUGGGCCGCAUGGCGUCCAUACAGGACUGCCUGCACAACCUCAUGCUCGUGCACGACUUCUGCGCGACGUGUCUGCCGCACAACGUGUUCCACAUGAUGCCCGAGGAUGUCACUUAUAUGAGAGGGUCAAUGCGACAAAAUCUAGUGGCGAUGCUCGCCGAUCUGUUCAACAUGUUAGAAGUGCACCCUGUCAAGUCAGUCAAGUGUCCGGGAAGCGCGCGCGAGGCGUGCAACGAGCACGGCGUGCGGCACCGACGCGGCCUCCCCGCGCCGCCGCCCGCGCCCAUCCCCGACCUGCGCGCCGACCUGCGCGCCGCGCCGCACCUGCAACACGCAGCUCACGCGUCGUCGCGCAGCUCGUCGCCGGAGCGGCGCGCGAGCCCGGCGCGCGAGCACUUCGUGGUGCACCGCGGCCGCCCCGUCACCACGCUCGCCGCGCUCGCCCGUCGGGACACCGACAUCGCACCAGUAGACUCCAACAUGACAGCGGCGGGCCGCCCGUCGAACUGGGCGGAGUCGCGCGAUGCGACCUAUGCAGGCCGGCGGUCGCGCCGCUCGUCCAUCUCCGACGACAGCCAGCUCACGGUGGAGAACUUCGGCGGAUCGCAGGACCGGCUGCACUUCGCCGGCAAGAACCCGGAGAAGGAGCUCGCUACCUUAGCCAACGUCAGGAAGAUAUCCGCGCCGGCCGGUCCACUAGACUACAACCCACCAUUGCGCUCAUCACGACAAGACAUUCGCGGCACAUUCCAGCUCUUCCACGACGAUUUCCAGAACGGCUCACAGGAUAAGAAAAUCGAACGACAGUCAUCCCAGCAGGAAGAACUCUUCCCGAUCCGAAGGCAGCUGAGCAGUGACACGAUCACGCUCGGCCGCCACACCUUCGACUACAAGGGCGGGGGAGAUGCAUUCUACCUCAACGAGAAAGACACGACCGACGGCGACACUAUCAAGAAGGUCUUCGUUGAUUUAACAGAGAGUAGGAGUAACGGUGACCAGUCAGGUCUGCAGUCGCAGUUCAGUACAGAGGAGCCGACGGACAGGCGGAAGACGACAACGUUCUCGACGCCUCCGCCGAACACUACCACGUGGCAGCAGCAGUUCAUGCAGCAAGAAACGCAUCCCAAUGGUGAUGACCUAACAGACGACACAUCGACAGCGGGCGGUGGUCAAAUGGCGGCACAGCUCAACAACAUACGAUUGAAACUCGAAGAAAAGCGGCGACGCAUCGAACAGGAGAAGCGACGAAUGGAGAUGGCGGUGAACAAGCAACGGCAGCAGCUCGGCCAGCAGGCGUUCCUGCAGGCCGUCACUCGGGAUACGUAUUUGCAAUACCAGUUGGCCUCUUUGGGCAAGGGCGCGCGCACGCCGGCCGCCGACGACGCCAAGCCCGACGCGCACACGCAGGAGAUGGUGGUGGAACCGCCCAGUCAGUCUGUGGAGAACGUCGUGUUAGAGCAGUACCAACAAUCGAUUGCCAAUUAUACUAAUUCCAGAAUGAACUCAAGCCUUCAAGACAUACAGAGCGACAUCGCGAGGCUCGCGAGCCAACAGACGCAGUUACAGCAACAACACCAGCAACAUCAACAGGCGAAACAGUUAUUCCAGCAACAACCACAACCUCAGCAGUCAAUGCAACCGCAAAUGCAACAGCAGAUGCAACCGCAAAUGCCACAGCAAAUGCAACAGCAGAUGCAACCGCAAAUGCAACAGCAAAUGCAACCGCAAAUGCAACAGCAAAUGCAACCGCAAAUGCAACAGCAAAUGCAACCGCAAAUGCAACAAAUGCAAACGCCUCAACAGCCACAAUCGCCGUACCAGCAACAGUAUCAACAAAACAUUCCACAAUUGCACAGCCAAUUCAGCUCACAGCACAACGUGUCGCGCGGCUCCCUCGCCGGCGCCGGCUCCGGCGGCUUCGGCUCCACGCCGCACCUCGUCCGCGACCUCUACUACCAGCACCAGCCCGACUACUACCCGCCGCAGUACCGCGACAUGGACCCGGAGUACUCGCGCCCGCAGUUCUACCUGCACGACGGGCCUGCGCAGCCGCAGCGACGCACCUGGGCGCAACACGCUGCGCAACAUGCCGCGCAACACGCGCAGCAACAUACGCAACAGCACGUGCAACACCACGAGCACGAGCAACGCGGUUGGCAGUUGCAUCAACAGAACCACCAACAAUACCAGCAACCGCAACACGAACCGUCGCCGCAACGAACGUGGAGAUCGCCCUCGCCACAACCGCCUUUAGAUCGAAAUUGGAACCCGCAGGGCUUCGUGCUCCAUGAAAGGAGCAAUCAGCCAUUCCAAGUCCACUACAACAACGACCGGUAUCAGAACGGCACCGAGAAUGUGCGAGACACACAAAACCACUUAAGCUACACUGUGAUAAACCCUAACCAACAAUACUCACAAUCGCCGCCGCUCACGGCCAGUCCGCAGCGCCGCUCCAAGACGCCGCAGCGGCAAGGGUCCCUGCCCGAGCCGGCGCGUCGGCCCGACCCCGUCAGCCUGCAGCAGCUGCAGGCCCCGCCGCCCGACGACAUGGAGCCGCAGAACAUAUCGUUCAUCGGCAACGCAGAGGACGAUGCGUUGCGCCAAGGGAUCAACAGACUGAACAUCUCGUCCGGAACGAGAACGUAUCGCAUCCCCUCCCCGACCAGACCCUCGCUCAAUCGAAACUCCUUCCAGCAGCUCGAGCAGGAGGAGGCGGGCGAAUCCAACGAGAAAGGGUUCUACAUAUCGUUCGACAACGACCAGCCCAAACGACCCAAGCCGCCGUUGCGUGCGAAGCGAGGCUCACCCAAAAAAGAGAGGUCCACCGAGUAUCAUAGUCCUGACCGGAGUCCGGAGAACACGUGGAACGAACGACUGCCUCAACCAGCAGAGGAGGACGAGUUCGUGGUUCACAGGAACACAGGGUUGGAGCAAGCGAUGGUAUCUAAUGACGUUUCUUCGGAACGGAGAGAAACGCCACCUAGAGAGCGACCACAACGCGCCGCCGGCGUCGAACCGGCGGCACUAGUCAUCGGAGAGAUGAAUCCUGACCCGAACUCAGCGGAGGAGAUGGAGCGCAAGAAGGAGCGCAUCAUGUUGCUGUCGCUGCAGCGGCGGCAGCGCGCGGACGAGGCGCGCGCGCGGGCCGAGGCCGCCGCCGCCGCGCGCCGCGCCCGCGACGAGGCCGUGCAGGAGCAGAAGCAGCAGCGCAAGGAGGAGCAGGCGCGCCGCCGCGAGGCCAUCCUGCAGCAGUACAAGCUCAAGAAGGCUAUCGAGGAGGCCGAGAGAGAAGGCAAAGUGUUGGACAAGUCUGAGUUCAUGGAUAGUAUAAAGGCGGGCGGCAUGUCGCCGGGCGGCGGCGGCGGGGGUGGGACGGCGCGGCUGCGGGGGCGGGGGGCGGCCCGGGCGCGGCCCAAGACCAUCCACGUGGACAGCGGCGCGCUGCACGCCGCCGAGGGCAUGCUCGCCGCCAAACAACCCUCGCACACCAACCUCGCCGCGGGCGGGGCAGGCGGGGGCGGCGGCACCAUGCGGCGCGACUACUACCGCGGCUCGCAGGACAGCCUCGCCGAACGCGCCGCGCUCUACCGCGAGUCUCCGGUGGAGGAGCGCGGCGGCAUGUCGCCGGGCAGCGCGUCGAGCGGCGCGCUGGGGCGGCGCGGCUCGUGCAAGACGUCGCGAGAGCGUGUGAAUGAGGAACCACUGACGACACGUGGAAGGUCUAAAUAUUCCACUUACCAGAGUAACUUUAAGGCGGGACGCAAGUCAAGCUCUCUUAUGAAUUUGUGCGACUCGGGUCUGGGCCGCGCGACGCCGCCGCGCCGCGCCGCCUCGCCCGGCCUGCGCGCGCUGGGCUCGCCCGCCUCGGGGCCCGGCUCGGGGCUCGGCUCGGGGCCCGGCUCGCUGCCCGGCGCCAUCGGCAAGCGCCGUCUGCACGACGACGCCUCCGACGCCUCCUCCACGCACUCCUCCAUCCUCGACUACUCGGGUCCGCGGCUGUACAAGCAGCCCACAACGAAGUCGAACCGCGGCAUCAUGCUGAACGCGGUGGAGUACUGCGUGUUCCCCGGCGCCGUGAACGCGGAGGCCAAGCGGCGCGUGCUGGAGGAGAUCGCGCGCUCCGAGAGCAAGCACUUCCUCGUGCUGUUCCGCGACGCCGGCUGCCAGUUCCGCGCGCUGUACUCCUACUGCCCCGACACCGACCACGUCGCCAAGCUCUACGGCACCGGGCCCAAGCACGUCAACGACCGCAUGUUCGACAAGUUCUUCAAAUACAACUCGGGCAGCAAAUGUUUCUCGCAAGUGCACACGAAGCACCUGACGGUGACCAUCGACGCGUUCACGAUACACAACUCGCUGUGGCAGGGCAAGAAGGUGCAGCUGCCCAGCAAGAAGGACAUGGCCCUAGUUAUAUAAGCUACGUCGUAACACACGUUAUCUAGUCGCAGGCACGACGGCACGAGUCAGCCUUCACUUCAGUUCGCUACCAUAGGGCAACGGUGCCACGGUCCAUUGUACGUAUUACUAUGUCGGUUAGUGCAUUAAACAGAACGGAGUUGUGUUUUAUUUUUAAUGUUUACGUUUCGCUCGUGCAACGGUGUGAUGUCGAGUGUCGACCGGCGUACGCGCGGUCCGAUUCGUCCAGAAUAAAUCAAUAAUUUUUACUCAGCAGUCAUAGUGAUCGAAUUAUAGGUAAUUGUAACUAGUGUAGCGGACGGGCGCGGCGUGUGGUGAGAUGGUGAGCGAUGGUGAGCGAUGGUGAGUGGUGGUGAGUGGUGGUGAGCGGUGGUGAGUGGUGGUGAGUGCCGCACGGCUCGCUCGCUCGUCUGAUCGCGUAUGAAUGUGUUGUUCAGUGCAUAAGCGCAAUGUUUGCCAUAUGUAUUAGUGAGAAGGUCGAUACGUUCCAAAUUGAAUUUUGUCUCAAAAGUGUAACAGCCAAACUGUCGGAUGUAUGCUCGAUGUAUAAUUAGGAUGCGUUAAAUUUUUUAGUAAAGCUGUUCCCUCACGUAUAAAGUAACAAGUUCACAAACUAAUCAUUACUCGCUUAUCUGUUAUAAUGUUAACUCGUUAGUGAUUAUUUCGAUUGACUGCAAGUUAAGAGUAAGGUGAUUGUCGAGAUUUUUGUUUAACUGACAUUUCGUUUAUUUCAGUUUCCAUUUUUUUACCGCUUGUAUAGCUAAAGUAAGACAAGGCACAUUCUAUGUGGUAACUGUACUGCCUUAUUCUGUAAAUAAUUGUUUUUUUUUGUAUACAGCUAUUUAUUAAAAGAAUGUUAAACGACAAUUGAUGAAUAUCAUUUUUUCAUUGUUUAAUGAUUGGUCAUCAAUAAUAUACUACCGAUAGUAUAUGGUAUGCAAAUAUAUUGUAUUAUUAAAAAGCAUAACGAAAUAAUAUUGAAUUUCAUAUUA